AUGGCGAAGCGCGACUGCAGUACGCUGUCCAACUAUGACGCAUGGCGCACGCGGCACACGACCGCGAGCCUGCGCAUCGACUUUGCCGCCCAGGUACUACGGGGUCACGUGGUGCUGGAGCUGGAGCGUCAGGCUGGCGGUGCUGGCGGCCACGGAGCGGCCGAGAUCGUGCUGGACUCGAGCUACGUGGACGUGUCGGCCGUCCGGGUGGACGGUGCGGCUGUACCGUGGGAGAUCAAGCCGCGCACGGGGCCGCUGGGCUCGCCGCUGCACAUCGGGCUGCCGAUCGCGACAGCCGGCAGCACCUCCACGUCUGUCCGCAUCGACCUGGCCACGACGCCGCAGUGCACGGCGCUGCAGUGGCUGACGCCGGCCCAGACGUCCAACAAAGACGGCGCCGACACGCCCGACGUCAAGUCGACGUACUCGUUCCGCAUCGCGUCGCCGCAUCCGGUGGUGGCCAGCGGACUGGGUGUGGAAGGCGUGGAGGGCGAGGACGACAAUGCACCCCCCCUCGCCCCGGGCGACACGCUCUACCGCUUCGAGCAGACCGUGCCCAUCCCGGCCUACCUCUUCGCGCUGGCGUCGGGCGACAUCGCGACGGCACCCAUCGGCCCGCGGUCGGUCGUGGCCACAAGCCCGGACCAGAUCCGGGCGUGCCAGUGGGAGUUUGAGCAGGACAUGCCGCGGUACCUGGACGUGGCCGAGAAGCUGGUCUUUCCGUACCCGUGGGGCGAGUACAACGUGCUGGUCCUGCCGCCCAGCUUCCCGUACGGCGGCAUGGAGAACCCGGUCUUUACGUUUGCCACGCCGACCAUCAUCAGCGGCGACCGCCAGAACGUGGACGUGGUGGCCCACGAGCUGAGCCACAGCUGGAGCGGCAACCUGGUGACGAGCGGCAGCUGGGAGCAUUUCUGGCUCAACGAAGGCUGGACCAUGUACCUGGAACGCCGCAUCAUCAGCAGCAUCCACGGCGCAGCUCACUUUGACUUUUCCGCCGUCAUCGGCUGGAAGGCACUCGAGGACGCGGUAAACACGUACGGCCCGACGCACAACUUCACCAAGCUCUGCAUUAAUCAUGAGGGCAUCGACCCGGAUGACGCCUUCAGUACCGUGGCCUACGAGAAGGGCUUCCACAUGGUGUACUACCUCGACAGGCUGGUCGGCCGCGAGAACUUUGACAAGUUCAUCCCGUACUAUUUCACCAAGUGGAGCCGCAAGUCGCUGGACUCGUUUGAGUUCCGCGACACCUUCCUCGAGUUCUUUGGCCGACCGGAAUAUGCCGCUCUCAAGGACGACAUCGCGUCGAUCGACUGGGAGAGCCGGUUUUACACGCCGGGCCUGCCGCCGAAGCCGGACUUUGACACCUCGUUGAUCGAUGUCUGCUACGAGCUGGCAGCCAAGUGGAAGGGCAAGGACUACGUCCCGACGGCGGCCGAUGUGCACGGUUGGGUCGCGAACCAGAAGCUGGUCCUGCUGGGCGAGCUGCAGAGCCUCGAGCAGUCCAUCACGGUCGAGCAAUCGCGAAAGCUGGGGACGGCCUACGGGCUCGUCGACUCGGCCAACGUCGAGCUCAAGUCGGCCUACUAUCUGGUGGCCCUGCGGGCCAAGGAUGCCAGCACUUACGAGGGUGCUGCCGAGCUGGUCGGCUCCGUCGGCCGCAUGAAAUUUGUCCGGCCGCUGUAUCGCGCCCUCAACGAGGUCGACCGCGACCUGGCCGUGCGCACGUUUGAGAAGAACCGCGACUUCUACCACCCGAUCUGCCGGGCCAUGACCGAGAAGGAUCUAGGCCUGAGCGAAGACGGCAAGAAGGCAUGA